CCUGAAUAAGCAUGAAUUUCAUGUAUGUUGCGAUAACCUCUGAAAAAACAUGCCAAGACAAACAAUAUAUAAUGUGAAUAAUAGUUUGUGUUAAUAACAAUUAAUAAAUUAAAGAAUUAACCGUAAGUAGUAUAAUUUUUUUCAAUUUAUUUAACAACUGACAAUAAAUUUAAACAUUGCUACAAUGUUGUCAAUAAGAUUUUUGAUAAUCCGGUAUAAUAAUCGAGUGAAAAAAAUUGGUAACCUUCAAAAACAUGCAAAUUUUAGUUUUUCUACAUGUACAUUAAUUCAUAGACCACAAACAAUCAAUUAUAAUUCUUUAAAUCUUAAAAGUUGCGUGAGUAAUUAUAUAAAUCAUGUAAUACGACCAUUUUCAUCGGAACAACUAGUUGAACCAGUUGAUCCUGAUGUAUUUGGAAAUCUCUCUGGAGAGCGAUAUCAACGAGAAGAACUAGAUGAUGAUGAGAAAAAAGUUGAAGAGUUUGAAAAAAAUGAAGUUCGUAUUCCACGAAGAUUUAAAUUGAGUAAAGGUCAAUAUGAACGUUUGGUCAAAAAGCACAUAACAGAAGGAAAUUUGGAUGCAGCAAUGGAAGUUCUUGAUUUAAUAAAACGCAAUCGUGAUAAACCAACCACUUAUUUGUUUAAUCUUCUUAUGAGAGCAUUUGCAAGGCAAGGAGAUUUAAGUACAACUCAUAAACUUUAUACCAUAAUAAAAAAAAGGGAUUAUCUAAAACCAAAUGCAGCAACUUACACGAAUAUGAUCAAUGCCUGUGCAAAUUCACGUUAUCGUGAAGCAGCUAUAGAAAUUUUAGCGAGUUUGAGGCAAGAAUUUCUAGAGAAAGAUAUUCUUCUUAAUGAAACUCAUUACAAUGCAAUGAUAAAAGCAUACGGUGUACACAAACGUAUUUUAGAAGCUUUUGAAUUUGCUGAUGUUAUGAUUGAUAAAAAAAUGACAUUGAAAGAAUCGACGUUUUCUUCUCUUAUGUAUGCUGCUAAUUCAGAUGAAAAAAAUGGUUUAAGGCAUGUUUUAGUUGUUUGGCACAAAAUGCAAGCUUGGAGAAUAAAGCCAACUUUAAACACAUACAAGUUGAUAUUGAGGGCAAUAAGACAAACUCAAUUAGGAGAUUUAAAAUUAAAUGAUUUAUUAAAUGAAAAAGAUGAACAAUCCCGAAUUAUUAUCAAUAACGGUAAAGAAACUGAUCUAUUGGCUUAUCCUCCUGUAGUUUCUUCACUUUUGAUCGAGUCGUUACAAUCUAUAAAAAGUGAAGAACAUAAAAACGAUAUUCUAUCGAUUGACAGUGGUAAAAAUGAAAAUGCUCCAAUCUUGAUUUCAACAUCACCCACCGAGUUAAUUGAAAAAAAAUUACCAGAAGAGCCUAAAUCAUUAGCUUUACAACCAAUUUACAGUAAAAACCGAUUGGCCUUUUUUGGUGGAUACAAAGGAUUUUUAAAUCGUAUGAUGAAAAGUGGUAUUACUCCUGAUGUAAGUUCUCUUACUCUUUUAAUGGAAAUUUCACCAAAUUCAUUGACAAUUGAAAAAGAAAUAAUACAACAUGCAAGAAAACUUCAAAUAAAUCUUGAUAUCGAUUUUUUUAAUAUGUUGAUUAAGAAAAGAUGUCUUCGUAAAGAUUACAAAAAUGCUAAGUCUGUAUUAGAUGAUAUUCAACAUCAUCGUUUGACACCAAAUAUUAUGACUUGGGGAGUACUUGCUUUGACAUGUUCUACCUUAGAAGAUGCUCGUGCUUUGAUACAAAAUAUGAGAACAACUGGUCAUUUAGUAAACUCCGUUAUAAUUGGUGCAUUAAUUGGCAAUGCUAGUUGUACUAAUGACUUUGAUUACAUUCAUGAAAUGAUGGACAAAAUAGUGAGAUAUAAAAUCAGACCGUCAAAAGAGCUAUACGAAAUUUUAGAUAAAUUUCAACACAAAAUUACCGACAUUGUAACGGAAAGAAUACCAUCGAAACACUCAAAGAAUCCACGUUAUCAAGCACAACUUGCCAAAUUUAAUAGGAAAUAUGCAAUAAUUCAAGAAAUAAAUGAUCGUGAUGUAAAAACUGCACGUCAAUAGAUGAAACAAUUUUAUCAAUAUGUACAAAGUUUUUUUUAUCAAUAAAAUUAUUAUAAAAUAA